GCUCCCUCCCGCCCCUAUGGGGCUGCUUCUAACAGGGACGAACCCCCCCGGGCGGGGUGUCUCCCCCGCCCCGGAGCCUUAACCCGCCCCCUCCCCAGCGCCGCCCGGUGCCCCCGGCCCGGGGGUCGCCCCGGGGUCUGCGCGGUGCCGGGGCUGACCGUGACGGCCGCGCCCCGCGGUGUGGGCGCGUGUCCGGGAGUCGCCUUCGCUUCUUCUCCGUCAUUAAAGCUCAGCUCAGCCCGACUCUGAGCGUGCCGGGAUUGGGGAGGAGCCGCUCGCGGGACCCGUCCCACCGCGGGCCGCGGGGCGGGAGCGGCGCCGGGCGCUGCGUGGGGCCCGGGGAUCCCCCGCGCCCACGGGCGGGCCCGGCCCGCGGGGGGCGGCGCUGCCGCCGCCGUGCGCCCCGUCGGGGGGGCCGAGCCCGCUCCCGGCCCGGCCCGGCUCGGCUCCUCCGGAGGAGGCGGUGCCGUCCCGGGCCGCGCUCGGCUCCGCAGCCCCGCGGGGCCGCCCCGGGGAUGCGGCUGCACAUUCCCACCCAUCCCAUCGGAGCCAAGCGCUGUGCCACUCGCUGGGGUGCCACGGGGACCCUGUGCCACCCCCGGGGGAUCCUCAGCGCCCUUCACCAGCGUGGAUUUGAAGGACUGGGGCUGCUGGGUGCCGGACGCUGCUGUGGUGAGCAGCAGAACCCGUCCCUCGCUGCCACAUCCUCCCCUCCAAGCCCUCAGCUCGGCUCUGCCAGGCCACAGAGCCGGCCUUGCUGCCAAGGCGUCACCGAUUUCCUGCCUCGCUCCAGCUCCUGGGAGCGACCUUGGCUGUCUCGGCUGCACCGCCGGGUGCCUGGGACCCCCUGGCCCGGGGGAGGAAGCCGCCAGCCUCGGGGCGCAGGAGGAAGCGGCGGUGGCUGCUGUCACCCUGCGAGGACCUGGGUCCCCUCCCCGGAAGGAAAGCGCUGCCGGCGCUGGGGACCCUCAGGGUGCAGCGGGGACAGGGAGGCCCUCGCUGUGUGCUCCGUGGGUAGGAGCAGGGGGGUCCCCUCCGCCCCAUCCCCUCGGCGCCCGGGAUCGCUGACACCUCGCUCCUGCCCACCCAGAGCCGCCGCUGCCAUGCCGGUGACGGUGACAGUGACACUGCCCGGCCCGGCGCCGUGGGGCUUCCGCAUCUCCGGGGGAAGAGAUUUCGGGAAGCCCAUCACCGUCUCCAAGGUCACGGAGCACGGGAAGGCGGCCGCGGGUGACCUCCGGCCGGGGGAUGUCAUUGUCACCAUCAAUGGGGAGAGCACGGCUGAGAUGCUCAACGUGGAGGCGCAGAACAAGAUCAAGCAGAGCCCGGGGCAGCUGCGGCUGGAGGUGCAGAGGUCCCCGGUGCCACCUGCCAGCCACACCAACGGGGACACCUCCCCAGAGAUGCUGGCCUCGCGUUUCCAGGACACGCUGCAGGUGCCGAGUGGGAGCCGAAGCGCCCCGAGGACGCUCGACCCCAGCCUGGCAUCCCUGACCCACCCGCCUGGCAGUGCCAGCUCACAGCCCUUGGAGCAGGAGUUCACCUGUCCCGGCCUCCCCCAGGAGCGACGCCUGAGCCGCCAGAGCAGCUCCCAGGGGCCCGUCCUGCCUCCCCCCCCGCGCCCACCCUCCCCGGAGCUCGGAGCCCCCCAAAACCCCUGGGCAGCCCCCAGGGAGAGGCGCCUCUCCUCCCCCUGCCCCAGCCAGGGCUCGGAGCCGGCCAUGAGGCGCUUGGAGGAGGACUCGGAAGUCUACAAGAUGCUGCAGGAGAACCGGGAGCUGCGGGCGGCCCCGCGGCAGUCCAGCACCUUCCGCCUGCUCCAGGAGGCGCUGGAGGAUGAGGAAGGAGGAGCCCCCGCAGCCCCCUUCCCCAGCCGGCUCUCGGCCGGGGCCCGCAAGCCCGUGGCCGGGGUGCAGAAGCUGCACGUCUGUGAGAAGUGCGGGAGCAGCAUCGCGACGCAGGCGGUGCGGAUCCAGGACGGCCGCUACCGGCACCCGUCCUGCUACAGCUGCGCCGACUGCGGCCUCAGCCUCAAGAUGCGCGGCCACUUCUGGGUGGGGGACGAGCUCUUCUGCGAGAAGCACGCCCGCCUGCGCUACCAGGGACCCCCGGGGGGGCCCCGGCCCGUGUCCCCCCGCUCCUGAGCCCCGGCCGCCGGUCACCCCGCGUCCCCCGGCUGUCCCACCCCAGGGCUGGCCUGGGGGCACUGCCAGGCUGGGGACGGACGGGAUUUGGGGGGGAUGCGGUGCAGCCACCCCCUUCGUGGCUGUGUGUGAUGAGCUGGGUGAGUUCUCAGCCCGGGGGACACCGAGGGGACAUUGGGGUGGGGUCGCUUGAGCACUUGGGUACCGGAGAGGGGUUGGCACGGCUUGUGCACUGACUGCAAAGGGCUUCUCCCAGGAAUUAAAGCGGAUUCUCUUUAAAUAUAAUAUAUAUUUGCUCCA